AUGUCAGUAUGUAGAGACGUCUUCUAUGCCUUCAAUCUGACAGUGAGUGACGGGAACAACACGGUAUCCAGAACACUGGUCAUCAACAUCGUCAACAGGAACGAUGAUAAACCCGAGUUCUUAAAUACAAUCACAGCCUUCAGUGUCUCCGAGGAGCUGAGUCCAGGGUUUAUCGUGACCAACAUCACAGCAGUGGUACCGGAUGACUCCUUUUACAUCGGCUUCAUCUUCUACAGCAUCAGCACCAACAACUACCUGGCUAUACACAGAUACACUGGCCUGGUGACCAUAGCCAACAGGAUGGACUGUGACUCAGCUCCUCUCAGGGAGGACCCCAUCAUAACGGUCACCGUGACAGCCACCUACAGCCCCUCUGGUCGUCCUCUCUCCAACACCAUCACUCUGACCAUCACCGUCACUGACAUCAAUGACAACCCUCCCAUCUGCUCCCCAGACGCACCAAGGGUGGCAGUAUCUGAGAUGGAAAAACCUGGGACCCUGAUCACCACGGUAACAUGUACAGAUAAUGACGUGGAGACAGCCUUCAGAGAGUUCCUGUUCACUGGCCUGUCCUGUCUGGGCUGCACCAACCGCUUUGCUCUGGAACCUCCGGGAUCCAAUCAGAUCGUACUCAAAGGAAACCUAGACUUUGAAGAUCCCAGUAACCUGCUUGUUGGUGGUGAAUACAGCCUGUUGGCUGUGGCUGAGGAUCAGCAUGACAACAACCUAAAAGGUAGUGCAUACAUCUAUGUGACGGUGAUGCCUGUGAAUGAGUUUCCCCCUGUGUUUAGCCCUCCAUCGUAUUUCUACAGAAUCUCUGAGCUUCUUGGACGUGGGACGGUGAUAGGAUCAGUGAAAGCUACAGACAGAGACCUCCCUGCCACGGCCGUCCGUUACUCCCUGAUCUCUGGUGGAGGAACUGGUGGUCUGUCUAACAUCUUCUCCCUGGACCCCAAGCUGGGUACCCUCACCCUACUGACCCGCCCAGACUACGAGACCACCCAGACCUACAUCCUGGUCAUCAGAGCUGAGGACGGGGACCCCAUCAGCCCGCUCAUCACCACCACCACGGUCACUAUCAACAUCACAGAGGCCAAUGAUGAGCCUCCACUGUGUGGCCCCAACCGGACAGAUAUAAUAGUCCCCAAGGACCUUAGGACAGGCUCCAACAUCCAGGGCUUCAUGAUGACCUGCUCAGACAGGGACUCCCCUCCAGCCUCCUUCAUCUACUCCAUCUCAGGGGCCAGCAACCUGAACAACCAUUUUGUGUUCUCACCUUCCUCUGGCACCAACGUCACCAGACUCUUCCUGAAGGUGCCCUUUGACUAUGAGAGUGGCCUGGACCAGGUCUGGCACUACAGCCUGACUGUGCUGGUUUCUGAUGGGAACCUGAGGUCUGGAAGGUCUAAGCCAAGAGGUCUGACCCAGACUGGCACAGUCAUCAUCAACAUCCGAGUAGUGGAUCCGGACCUCACCACCGUCAUCACUACAACUAUACCUCGUGUAACAUACUUCACCAUCACUGAGAACACGUACAGCAUGGAUGACUGGUAUAUAUGGUUCGUCAUUGCUCUGGGGGCCAUGCUACUGCUUGGUUUACUGGCAUACCUGCUGUAUCACCUCUGUGGGUGGCUGUACACGGCUCUUAAACACUGCGACUGCUCUUGCUGCGAACCCAGGCCCCGGGAAGAGAAGGAAGUACUGAUCCCAGAACCAACACCUCCAAAGAGGGAAAUAUUAAUGGAAGUGACCAAGAUCAACACUGUAUUUGAUGGAGAGGAAGUUGAUCCUGUCACGGGGAGGGUGUACGAGUACAACAGUCAGUCUGGAGCCAGACGCUGGAAGAACGUUACCACUGUGUCCGAGUCUCUCCCUAUGAUACAGCUAGAGAGCAGCAGCAUGGUCAUUCCUGAUGGUCAGCAUGGUCAUUCUGCCCAAUCACAGGCUAGGAUUGGGAGGGGGAGGACUGGCACUGGCCAAUCACAGAUGAGGAGUGAGGGAGUGGGCAGGGCCACAGAGGAGAGAGGAUCUCCCUGGUCCAGUCUGGACCGUCUGCAAGGUCUGCUCUUUCAGAAGGAGGGGUAAAGUUAGAUAAGGUACCCAUGACAACUAGGGGAAGGCCCAAUAUGUCUGAAGUCUGAUUCCUCACUGACAUAUAACACAUGACUUGUGUGCUUAGAAAUCUUCCAAAUCAUUAUUACAGUCAAGCAUAGGAUUUUGGUUUUGGGAAAAUGUUUUGCCUUUACAACAGUUGUGUAAACGUUUGUGCAGGCAAUGUUUGUAUUGUACAUCAGUUCAAGCCGGGUCGGGCCAUAGUGUGACUUAGUAACAGCUUUGUAAGUCAAGAUAACAGACAAAUAAAUAUAACCUGUCAAAGCUUA